AUGUCGCCGUGCCACGCGCCCGUCGUGCCAUGGCCGCGCGCCUGCGCCCUUGCGCUCCUCCUCCUCCUGCACUGCCUGCCGCACGCACCCCCCCUCGCCGUGCGGGCAGCGCAGGGAUGCGCGGAUCAGCUGGAAAAGGCGCCGGCGGCGACGGCGGAGGCGGAGGGGCCGGAGGGGUCGGGCUGCAUGGGGUGGUCGCACGGGGGAUGGGGGGAAGCGUGGGCGGAGGGGGUGCGCGAGACGGCAUCGGAAAGAGGCGGUAAAGGCAACCUGGCGUGGCUGCUGUCAGUGCAGCAGCAACAACCACAGACGGCUGCCAGCACGGCACCCGUGCGCGCACUUGCGGCGCGCAGCAGCAACCAGCAGUUCCUGACAGCCUUCUCCUCGCUGCACCGCGCGCCCGCGUCCACGCCCACCCGCCACCCCCCGGGAGACGCAUCUCCGGGAUCCGCGCAGCCUCAGCACUCUCACGCCUCCCGCCUCCUCUCCACCGCGCCGACCCACACUCAAUCACCCACUCCACCGCCGCUCCCCGCCUCUGCCGCCGCACCCCCCUCAUCCCAACCCGCUCCGCUUCCCCUUUCUUCGCCCACCCACUCACCUUCCACUUCCUCCCCGCCUCUUCCCCCUCCUUCCGCUCCGUCGCCUGUGCAGACGGACUCCUCCCCCCCCAUAUCCUCCCCCCCAUUAACCCCGUCCGCCCCCAUGAUAUCACCGCAUGUACCCUCCCCACACUCCUCCUCCUCCUCCUCCUCCUCCUCCUCCUCCUCCUCCUCCUCCUCUCCCGCCGCCGCCGCCUCCGCCGCAGCGCCACCAUCCACGGUGCCCCACCUCGCAUCGCCCUCACCACUCGCCCCAUCGCACCACGCCCUCUCCGUCCUCGCGGCUCUCGACGUGUCCUCGCCACCGCCCAGCCACGCGCCGUCGCUGUCCGCGGAGCCCCAGUCCGCGCCCGCCGCGCCUCAGGACUCCGCCACCAGCACCACCAACGCCUCCGCCUUUCUGCACUCCAUGCCCUCCCUCACGCCCACCGCCAUCCCCUCACCAUCGCCGCCCCCACCCUCUCCCGAUCCCUCGCCCCCCCCUCCCUCUCCCAACCCUUCACCCCCUCCGCCCUCUCCCCAUCCGUCGCCCCCUCCCACGUUUCCGCCCCCUUCUCAGGUACUGCCGUCCCUCGCCUCGCUGCUCCCUCCCUCUGCGCCCUGCUCCAUGCAUUGCUCUCUCUUCUACCAUGCCACCUGUGGAUGCCUCGUUUCUGCCCCCUCUGCAACCCCUGCCGUUCCCUUACUUCUCCUCACAUGCGCGCCCCCCCCCCCUCCAUUUCCCCAUGCCUGUACUUCCCUGCACCGCAGCCACCCCCCUCCCCCCCUCCACCAACGCCUGCAGCACCGCCACCAGGUAAGCCCUGCCCCUCCCUCCCGCUGCCUUUACUCAUGCACGACUCCUGGCUCUCACACUGCUCUGCUCUCCGCCUCCCUCCUUCUACCGCCCCAAACUCAUUGCUCUAUUUCCCAAUUUGCCCCCUUUUCCCUCCUCCAUUUUCCAAUGUCACUCGCAGUGUCACCACCAUCGCCUCCUCACGACCAGCCUCCGCCAAGUCAACCGCCCCCAGCACCCUCCCCGCCACCCCCUUCACCAAAUAUCUCGCCCCCAUCACCCUCUCCUCCCCCCCCCUCCCCUCCUCCGCCUUCCCCCAAUCCGCCCUCCCCUCCUCCCCCGCAACUCGAUCCCCCCCCUCCCUCGCCACCACCCCCAUCGCACCCGCCACCAACCCCUCCUGACCAAUCGCCCCCGCCGGCGCCGCCUCCUCCGGACCCUCCUUCCGCCCCACCCCCUGCCACUCCGCCCCCUGAUCUCUCCCCCACUGACGCUCUUCCUCCCAGCUCUCUCCCCCCGGAGUCCUCUCCUCCCCCUCCUCCGCCGGACAGCCCUCCGCCCCCUCCGCCUGUUGAAACCCCCCCGCCUUCCCCAGCAGCGCCCCCCUCGUCCCCUCCCCCCGCGCCCCCGCAUUCAAAGCCGAGUACCUUGGAGGAAGUCACCAACCCCCCGCCACCAGAGCACCCGCCCCCGCCUGCCCCCCCUUCUGACACGCGCCCCCCUCGCCCCCCCCCGGUGCAAGCACCCCGUGCCCCGCCCCCUUCCCCCCGUCCCCACCCGCAGCACCAGUCCUUCCCCCCACCGGAUCCCCCAGACCAUCCCCCCCCCGCGUCUCCCCACCACCCUCCCCCCGUCCCCCCUGUCGUCGCCCCACGUGACCCUCCCUCGGAGCUCCCCCCUCUCGCCCACGCGCCUGGGCGCCGUCACACUCCCUCCCAAGCACCCCCUGUUCACAGACCGCCACAGCCACACCACUCACACUCACAGCCUCCCGCAAAAACAUCCAAGGGCAGAACGCGUCCCCCCAAGAAAUCAGUUGAGGAUGGAGAGGGGAGCGGGAAGAAACCCGCCAAGAGGCAGUCGCCUCCUAAGGAGAGGCGGACACACAAGCACGCGCCCCCCCCACCUCCGCACAAGAGCAAGUCCAAGCACAAGCACCACCACGCACACCCCCCUGCACCUCCGCCUGCCACUGAGCCUGCGCCCUCGCCUGCUGUGCUGGUGGAUGGCGCCAGUGCUGCCAACUGCAGGGAGUGUCCGCUGGGCACGGCAGUGAAGCCAGCGAGCGGGCCCACGGACGUGGCAUGUGUGUGCGCCGUGCCCAUGGUGGUGGGGCUGCGCCUGGCCCUGCCCUUUGACGACUUCCUGCACUCCGUACCGCUCUUCGCCCAGCAGCUCAGUGCGGGGCUACAUGUGACGCCGCAGCAGGUGCAGGUGUGGGGCGUGGAGUACGACCGUCAGGGCACGGGUUUUCUGGACACCACGUCGUACGUGCUGCCCCUGCACGGCACACAGCUGCCCGCCUCCCUUGUCGCCUCCAUCCGCCGUCGUCUGCUGGGCGGGCACGUGUGGCUGGACCCCGCCCUCUUCGGCCGCUUCCAGGUGCUCUUCAUCCUCAACCCCGGCGACCACCUCCCCCCGCCCGCCCUGCACCCCGCCUCCGCGCCCGCUCCCCCUCCCCCGCCCUGGCCCGCCUCGUCGGACGGGUGGGCGCCGCCACAGGCAGGCGGGGGCAUGGAGGCGGGGGGCGGCAGCACGGGGCAUUCGAUGGCGGCGUUGGAGAUAGCGCUCUUCAUUGUGGCGCCCUGCCUGCUGCUGCUCCUCAUGCUCGCCUCCUGCCUCGCCUGGCUCCUCCUCUACCGCCGCCGCCAACACCGCUCCGCCGCUGUUGCCGAUGCCGCCACUGCUGCUGCCGCUGCCGCUGCUGCAGGUGCACCGAUGGCAGCAGACGUGGCGGACAAGGAUGGUGGGCUUCCCGUGGAAAAGGGCCUGGAAAGCAUUGCGCCAUCCCAAGCGUGGCCCUCAUCGGCCGCCUUCUGCUCGCCCUCGCCCGACGCCCACGCAGCACUGCCGUCGUCAUCACUGCCAAGCGAGGUAGCAGGGCUGGGCGUGAGCCUGGGGUUUGCCGGCACCGGCACGGGCCUCAACGCCUCCUCACUCGCCCUGCGCGGACUCGCCACGGCGCCAGCAGGCGCGGUGGUGUUCUCCCUGCUGCAGCUGCGGCGGGCCACGAACGACUUCCAUGCGGACAACCUGCUGGGGCAGGGCGGCUUCAGCCGCGUGUACCGUGGCGAGCUGGCCGACGACACCCUCGUGGCCGUCAAGCUGCUGCACUCCCCCGAGGCGCAUGGGGACGCGGGGGAGGGGGGUGCAGGGGCCGGGUCGGUGGAGGAGCAGGAGAGGGAGAGAGCAGACUUGGAGUUCAUGAGGGAGGCGCAGGUGCUGAGCUGCCUGCACCACCGCAACCUCGUCAAGCUGCUCGGGAUCUGUGCCGAGGGCGGGCGGCGCUGCCUCGUGUACCAGCUGGCGGGGAACGGCAGCCUGGCGUCGCACCUGCACGGGGUCAUGCGCGAGGUGGCGGGCGUGAUGGAGUGGGAGCGGCGCAUGAAGGUGGCGCUGGGUGUGGCGCGCGCGCUCUCGUACCUGCAUGACGACGCGAGCCCGCGUGUGGUGCACCGCGAUGUGAAGAGUGCCAACGUGCUGCUGGACCUGGACUUCUCCCCCCUGCUCUCCGACCUCGGCCUCGCCAAGACCAUGCCUCCCGCUGGCCCCGCCGCGCUGCCGGAGCAGGGAGCGGCGGGCGGACAGGCGUCCAGGAUGAUGGGCACUGUGGGCUACGUGGCACCGGAGGUGGCGCUGACGGGGCAGGUGUUGGUGCGCAGUGACGUGUACAGCUUUGGCGUGGUGCUGCUGGAGCUGCUGGCGGGCCGCAAGCCCAUCGACCACUCGCUGCCCCCGCCCCACCACAGCCUCGUGCAGUGGGCCUCGCCACUGCUGCUCAGCAGCGUGGGGGUGAAGCAGGUGGUGGACCCGGCGCUCAAGGGGCGCUACCCCCUGGAGGCCGCCAUGCGUGUGGCGGGCAUCGCCAGCAUGUGCCUGCAGCAACUCCCCGACAACCGCCCCUUCAUGACCCAAGUCGUGCAGGCGCUGAAGCUAGUGUACAGGGAGGGCAGCGAGGGCAGUGAGAGUGGCGACGACGAUGACGAGGAGUCGUUCGCACAGCCCUCUCACGCCUCCCACCGCACCCCUGCGCCCGCAUCCGCUGCCGCCACCAGUGCCGCCAGCGCUGGCAUUGGCAGUGAGAGCGGGCGGGUGAGUGAGAGCGAUGGCACGAGCAUGGGCAUGGAUGCGGGCAUGGAGGCGAGUGAGAGCGCCAUGGGCAGUGCGGCCAUGACUCUCUCCCCCUCUGACAGGGGCCUCAUGCCCAGGCUGCUGUGCAUGCGCGUGCACGAUCUCGACUACAGUGGGGACAUGGGGCUGCUAUCGCAGGGUGAAAGGGAGCCCAGUGCCGUGCAGUCCCUCGCAGGCACAUGCCCCCGCACCACCUACUCUCACCUCAGGCGAGGCACGGCCGUCAAUGGGAACCCACGCUCGCCUCGCUCUCCCCCGCACACAUCGCUGGGCGUCGUCCCACGCGUGCAGAUCUCAUCGCCAGUAGACCUGCCCGCCACUGCCACUCCUGCCUCCACUCACCCCUUCGCUCCUCCCCCGUGCCGUCACGCCAUGGCUGCCGGCCGCUCGUGGACCCACUGCCGCCUCGCGGGGCUCGUGCUGCUCGCCGUGUGCUGCCACGUGCACGGCGCCGUCGCCUUGGCGCCCCUGGGCCGCGCGGAGCAGUCGGAGAUGCGCGAGACAGCGCGCUCCAUGUGCGCUCCCUAG